AUGAAGGUCACAGUCGAAACUGAGUUGAUGCAAAAUCAAAAGCAUGCUAGUGUAAUGGCACCAGACAAGACGUUUGAUGUCCUCCAAACGUCCGACGGAGAGGCUCUUUUCUUUUCCAUCGGCGAUGACGGGGUGUUUUAUCUGACCCGCGAGGUACCAGCCAGCGGAACAGGCUGGACGAAGAUUGAUCUAUCGUCAUCGAUAUCUCCAAGUUCCGUGACCGCAAAAAGCUUCGCCUUGUGCCAAAAUGCACAGAGCAUGGCGCUUGAUAUGGCCCUGGUCGUCACGAUCGACAAUGUCGACUCUCUCUACAUCUGCCUCGGUCAUUCCAUUGACGAGGAUGGAUGGGAAAACGGCAUCACUUGGGCGUUGGCCCCUUUCGAUGCGACCUCGAAUACCGGACCCAUCACACCACCAGAUCCGUUGACAAUCGCAGAUGUGUUUAUCAUGAAUAUCCCAUAUAGCGGGACGGUCGUUGAGAAUAUAUUUGUAGACAUCCGACGCGAUCCCAGUGACAACGUGGGCCUGCUCGAUCGCUACUAUAUUCAGCCCGGCGGUUCACCCCAGUGGGUGGCAAGGCCAAUGCAAAUCGAUCUGGUCGAGGGCUCUAUCUCGUGCUGUCUUGGACACCGUUCCCAGGAUUAUGAAGUCCCCGGAAUCUACACUCUGGGGAUGAUUGGCUCCGAGACAGAACUUGUGUAUAUUCCUCAAACGAACCCGUUCAGACAUGGCGCAGCCCCGACUCCGACACUCCUCAACGUCCCCACUGGGGCAUCGUGUAUCUCUUCUGCUCUUAUUACUCUCCAAGGCAAUCCAGAUGUGGGAAACACGAACCUCUUCGUCGCAGGCACAGACGGGAUCCAUCUCUUCACACCCGAAAACCAGAAGGAAAACGUCGACUCCCUGUUGAUAAUCCCUGAAGCAUCCGUGGACAAUGGCGGCAUGCUGGAUGGAGUAACUCAACUGGCCGCCUCCAGUGUGGGUGAUACCACUGCAAUUCUGGGGUACAACGCGGCGCAACAAGUGGUGUUUCAUGUCCACUGUCCGGCUGGGAGUGAAUCGACUCCAACCGCUUGGUCCGCCCCGAUUCCCAUCUGUUCGGGGGCAGAGGCCUUUGCGUUCUAUCUCAACAACCGGGCAUGCAACAAUGUGCUGUUCGUGCAUCUUUCGGGCGAGAAUCUGGUACAAUUAACUCAAGAUCCGAGUAACGGUAGUUGGAGUCAGCGGAGUAUUCUACUUCCAUCGACGGACAAUAGCGAUAUGGUGCAGUACAAUAGUUUCACAAGUCAUAUCCAAGUCACUGAUGACAACGGGGUGAAUCUCCCGAAUUCCGGAGUGUCCCUGACAUCAACAACCCCUGUGUCAGUGUAUAUCGACAGUGACUAUCAUCUUCUUACUCCCUCCUUUGCAGUCGGUGUCGAGACAGAUGUGACCGGAGCAGUGACAAUCAUUCAAGAGACGGCAGCAUUAACGAACACUUGCUUCAAUGUGACCCUGACUGAGUCCCCCGAUAUAACGAUCCAAGUCGACCCGUUGACAAACUCCUGGAAAACCCUGUCCAACGUCCAAAACGGGGACGAUUUAGGCGCGGUGCAAAUCCAGCAUGAGGAUGGGUCGACAGAGCCGCUGGUUCCAGACGGGGUUUCGUCAACAGACAAGAACACCGCCGCACAAUGUAUCGUCCAGUUCCUGAAAGUCAAAGACACGCUGCCUUCGGACGGCUCAACCGUCUCACCGCCGUCCAACCCAUCACAGCCCGUUCCGGUCUGGGGGGCGACGUGUGGCUCGGAUGGAUUCAAGUAUCAUGAAGGAGCUAGUGCUGGGAUGUUAUUGCGUUCGGGUGCUUCACCAGAAUCGCCCCUAGACUUCGGUGACUGGCUGGAGGCCACGGCGGGGGAUGUCUUCAACUGGUUGAAAGAGGCGUGGGACAAGGUGAAGCAGUUUGUCGUGGCGGUGGCUGAUGGCAUCUACCACUUUCUGGUUCAAAUCGGGGAUCAGAUCUACCAUGCCGUACUGGAUUGCUAUAACGCUAUUUCUGGUGCGAUUGAGUUCAUCCUGAACAAGAUCGAAGUGGCUUUUGAGAAGCUGGUUGCUUGGCUAGGAUUCAUUUUUAACUGGAGCGAUAUCAAGCGCACGCAUCUUGUGAUGAAGAACAUCGUCAAGCAGUACGCGAACCAGGUGGUCAACUCCAUUGAUACUCUGGAGGGGGAUAUCAACAACGCAUUUACCAACCUGGAGCAAGCCGUUAAUGAGUGGGGCGGAGUGACUGACCCCGGAAUGAGCAACGGAUCACUGGAGCAGAACAGUUCACAGGUCCCUGGGAAUAAUACUCCUCAGUCUAAUUGGGCGAUUCAUCAUACGAAGAAUGGCCAGGGUGUGGCGACCUCAACCUACAACGAGCCGACGAAUGACCCAUCCGGGCUGGCGGGAAUCUUGGAGGACCUUAAAUCCUUCUUUGACAACGAGUGGGACGACGUGCAAGAUAUGCUGAAUCAGAUCCAGGUAAACUGCGCCGCCAACUUUUCCAACUUGACUCCAGUUCAAGUCAUCCAGCAGGUCAUGGCCAUUCUCGCUGAUUUUGUCCUCAAAUCGGCGCAAAAUAUCAUCACCACCGUCAUUGAUGUUGCUAAGCUGCUCAUCGAUACUGUUCUCGGUUAUUUGGAUGCUCCUCUGAAUAUCCCCAUCAUCUCAACACUCUACAAGAAGUUCGUUGGAGAUGACCUGUCUUUUCUUGAUCUGGUCUGUCUAAUUGGCGCCAUCCCAACAACCAUUAUAUACAAGCUGAUUACGAACAACGCCCCGUUCCCCGACAACAGUCAGACGCAAGCCUUAAUCGACGCAGUAGACAUGACAACUAUUGUCAACAUCAUCACCUCCGAUACCUCCAGCCAACAGGUGACCGCCUCGCCGUCUCCAUGCAGGUUCCAAGCCACAGGCGCAUCCUUAUCCGACAUUGUAAGCACGACUCUGAACAUCAGCGCCUGCUUCGGCAGUUGUGUUGUGGCAGUCUUCACCGCGCUCAAGCGCGGCGGCAGUUCCAGCCUGCCUGUCCGUAUUAUCUCUGCAACAAGCUACCUUGUCUACGUGUCCCCCAACAUUACCGGUCUCUGGAUCAACAACAAAGCCUGGUACAACGUUAUGAAUGAUGAGGUGACGGGACUGAGCGUCGUCAAGACAAUCGUUGACAACACAAAAACCCUCUCAGACAACGAGUUGUAUUCCAACGUCAUUUCACCAUUCAUAGAAUCCAUAAUCAAUGUCGUCUGGGUAUUCCCACCCUGCUUUGCUAUUGCAGAUAAUAAAAAUCGACAGCUUAGCGAUUGGUUGUCGUUGGGUGCGAAUCUUGCGUUUGAUGUCGGGGGCAUGUUGACCGUGUUUACUGCCCCUGCCAUCGUGGGGCCGGGGCCGGUCUGUGAUGGAGUUUUUGUUCUCACCGAGGUCCUUUGUAUUGCAUAUGGGGUUCUCUGUGUUUGUUCGGUUGGGACUUAG